CUCCGGCUGACCCACAAAUGUCUGAGAAGGAUAAAUGUAAGAAGGAUCCUUUGUGGUGGAAGUGACCCAAAUUCUCACCUGCAGCACAACAAAAGAGAUGUCUGAGAGCGAGCCAGCCGAGUAGAGGACUUACCUCUUUGACUGUGCGCUCCUCCUGCAGCCAUGAAUGGUGGAGCCAACGUAUGGGCCAUCACUCCGGAGGAGAGGGGGAAACAUGACAAACAAUUUGACUCCCUCGCCCCAAACCUCGGCUAUGUCUCAGGAGAACAAGCCAGGAACUUUUUUCUUCAGUCUGGCCUUCCUGCUUCUGUCCUGGCUGAUAUCUGGAACCUAGCUGACACGGACAGCGAUGGAAAGAUGGACAGACUUGAGUUCUCCAUCGCAAUGAAGCUCAUUAAAAUCAAGCUUCAGGGGAGGAGCUUGCCUUCGUCCCUUCCCAUGGUCAUGAAGCAGCUUCCGGUCUCCACUUCUGCUUCAGCCAUCCCUUCAUCACGUUUUGGAAUGGGUUCCUUGCCAAACCUGUCAGUUGGUUUGUCAUCCAUGUCAACCAUGCCCAUCCUAACACCCAUCCUGGCUAACCCCUCCAUGCCCUCUAUGCAACCCCUGGUGCCAACGCCAGUGGCUCCACCCCUGAUCCCCACACUCGGCAGUUGUGGACUACCCAACGGCAACAUCAGUUUCCUCACCUCACCAUUUGUUCCCAACAAUGCAGCACUCCCCGUCUCUGGUUUUUCAUCGCCUAUGGUUUUCUCUCCACCCACGGGCAUGUCAAAGGCCAACUCUCUUCUGGACUUGGGAUCCAGCAGCUCAAAUUCAUCCUCCACCACAUCACUGGCCAGUAACUCUCCUAAGAUGGGUUCAAGUGAUUGGGCCGUUCCACAGGCCUCAAGACUCAAGUAUCGCCAGCAGUUCAACACGCUAGAUAAGCUCAUGAGUGGCUACUUGUCAGGACCUCAGGUUAGAAAUGCACUGAUGGCUUCCAACCUAACCCAGACUCAGCUCGCUACCAUCUGGACACUGGCGGAUGUGGAUAAGGAUGGUCAGCUUAGAGGUGAUGAGUUCAUUUUGGCCAUGCACCUGGUGGAUAUGGCUAAAACGGGCCGCCCUCUGCCACUGUCACUGCCUCAUGACCUGGUUCCACCUUCUCUCAGGGGAGGAAUCAAGUCCAGUGAGCUUGUUAAUGGAACAGGACCCUACAUAACCCCAUGUUUGAUUGACACAAUAGAGGCAGAACCUCCACAAAAGACAAAGAGCAAUGUGUCCUUUGAGGACAAGCUGAAGGAAAACUUUGUCCGAGGCAGCGCCGAGCUGGAGAAACGCAGGCUGGCUCUGGAGGAAGAGCAGAGAAAGGAGAGGGAGCGAAGAGAAAGAGAGGAGCGUGAGGCCCAGGAACGUCGGGAGAGGGAGGCUCGAGAGCAGGAGAACCGAAGGAGGCUGGAGGAGGAGAGACAGAUAGAAAGGCAGAGAGAGAUGGACAGACAGAGAGAGGAGGAGAGGCUGAGAGAACUGGAGAGGAAGGAGGCAGCUAAACAGGAGCUGGAGCGCCAACGGAGGGAGGAGUGGGAGCGAGGAAAGAAAGAGGAGUUUAACCACAGGAAAGAAGGGGAGCUGGAAGAGAUCUGUCGACUGAGGGCUAAAAAGAAGAGUCUGGAGUUGGAGCUGGAGGCAGUGGGCAACAAGCACAAGCAGAUCUCAGACUGCCUCCGUGAAGCCCAGAGUAAGAGGAAGAUUCAGAAGGCAGAGGUGGACCUCAUCAAUCAGAAGAGAGAUGCACGCAUCACUGAGAUCAACGCGCUACAGCUUCAGUUUGAGGACUGGCAGAGGAAGCUUUCACAGCUGGUUCCAGAACAGCAGAGGCUGACUGAGAGGCUGCGGAACGUCAGCCUGAGCAAAAUGCCUUCGGUGACUGUGGCAUCUCUUGCUGGGAGUGUGAAGGAAAAAGGCGUGAACUGCCGGCGUUUGAAGGAUCAGCUCGAUGCCCUGGAAAGGGAAACGACCGAUAAACUCGCACAGAUGGAGCAGUACAACAAGGAGCUGAAGCUUGGGGAUAUGGAUGACUGUGUCCUGCGGGGCCUUCUGUCUCUGCUGGGCUGCCUCAGCCAGCUCUUCCUUCUAAUCAAGGAGCUGAGAGAAAAACAGGUGAAGCAGCAGACUGUCCUGGAUAACCUGUACAGAGUCAAAGAGGAGAAACUGAGGGAGCUGCACAUCUGCAGGGAGGAGGAGAGAGAAAGGAAGAGGAGGGAGGAAGAGGAGGCAACCAGACAGGCAAAGUUAGAGCAAGAACGGCUGGAACAAGAGAAGAAGAAAAAGGAGGAGGAGGAUGCUCGUCAGAGGAGGCUCCUGGAGGAACAACGGCUCAAACAGAGAGAGGAGGAGGAACGGGAGGCACAAGCACGUCUCAGAGCAGCUCAAGAAAAAGCUCAGGAAGAGGAGAGGAGAAGACAGGAGGAGGAAAAGAAGAAGAGGGAGGAGGAAGAAGAAGAGGAGAGGAGAAGGAAAGAAGAGCAAGAGCGAGCAGCUCAGCCCUCGCCCAGUCUGGCCACCUACAGAGCUCUGUACUCCUUCGUGGCUCGUAACGCUGAUGAGCUGAGCGUGGACGCAGACUGUCUGAUAGAGGUGGAUGAGCAGACGGUGGGUGAGCCCGGCUGGCUGUACGGGCAUUAUUGCAGAAAAAGGGGCUGGUUUCCCAAGAGUUACGCAGAGAAAUGCUCUACCACUUCACCCGCUGCGGACACUGCAGCUUCUUCUCCAGGACACCUCAGCAGUCCACCACAGCCUCUUACCACACUAGUCCAAGACGGGGAUAUAACGAACGAUUGUGCUGUUCCUGAACAUUCCGAUUCUUCACAGUCCUCAGCUCCUUUACUCGCUCGCGCCGUCUCCUCGUGGUCGCCCACCUCGGACACCCGCCUUAACCAGUCUGCGGGCGACGACGUCACAGCGCUGCUGAGCUUCUCCCAGGGUGACAUCAUCAGCGUGCUGCAGCAGAAAGAAGACUGGUGGUUGGGGCAGCUCAACUCGACGCAAGGAUGGUUCCCCAAAAGCUACGUCACUCUGGAGGCGGGCGGCGGGGCGCAUGUUGACGCGUAUGAUGCAUCAGACGCCGCUCAGCUGGAGGAGUACGUGGCCUUGUACACCUACGAGAGCCCGGAGGUCGGGGACCUGACGUUUGUUGAGGGGGAUGUUGUUAUGGUGACGGAGCGAGAAGGGGAAUGGUGGCGAGGAUGCAUCGGAGACCAGACGGGAGUUUUCCCUUCAAACUACGUCCGACCCGUUGAUCCAGAGGCAGCAAGGACUGGAGGGUCUUCUAAGAAGCCUGAGAUCGCUCAGGUGGUCACCGCCACCAUUGCUCCAACUGUGCAUCAGCUGCCUGUGUUGCCCGGGCAACUCAUUGUGGUCCUGGCCAAGAACUCCACCAGCUGGUGGCUCGGGGAACUGCAGGCCCGAGGUAAGAAGCGACAAAGAGGCUGGUUUCAUUCCUGUCACGUCAAACUUUUGGGUCCUUCCAGCACUAAGUCAUCCCCGUCUCCUCUGCCAGUGUGCCAAGUUAUUGCGAUGUACGACUACACGGCAGCCAAUCAGGAUGAGUUAAGCUUCUCCAAAGGUCAGCUGAUCAAUGUUCUGGACAAGACCAACCCUGAUUGGUGGAAAGGAGAGGCCAAUGGCGUCACAGGCCUGCUGCCCACCAACUACAUCAAGAUGACCACAGAAUCCGACCCCAGCCGCCAAUGUACAGCAGAUUCCUCACUCAUGCCAGAACGUGGAGAGACUGUAAGAGAUGGGUGUGCCGACCUGAUGACGCUGGACACCAUGCCCCCCCAGGAGAGGAAGAGACAGGGAUACAUCCACGAGCUCAUCCAGACUGAGGAGACGUAUGUGGAGGACCUGGAGCUGGUGAUGGAGGUCUUCUAUAAUCCCAUGUCUGAAUCAAAUCGACUGACAAAAGAUGAAAUAGGAGUGAUCUUUGUGAACUGGAGGGAGCUGAUCAUGUGCAACACCAAACUGCUGAAGGCCCUGCGUGUCCGUAAGAAGACUGGUGGAGAGAACAUGCCGGUGCAGCUGAUCGGGGAUGUGUUGGCGUCGGAGUUGGCCCACAUGCAGCCCUACAUCCGCUUCUGCUCCUGCCAACUCAACGCCGCCGCCCUCCUGCAGAGCAAAACCAUCAACCAGCCUGAUUUUAAACAUUUCCUGAAGAAGAUCGCCACAAACUAUCGCUGUCGAGGAAUGCCGCUGCCCAGCUUCCUGCUCAAGCCCAUGCAGAGGAUCACACGCUACCCGCUACUUAUAAAGAGCAUCCUGGACCACACCCCAGACGGUCACGCGGAUCACGGGCCGCUGAGGGAAGCGCUGGAGCGAGCAGAGGAGUUGUGCUCGCAGGUGAACGAGGGGGUCAGGGAGAAGGAGAACUCGGACCGGCUGGAGUGGCUGCAGAACCACGUGCAGUGCGAGGGACAUAUAGAGCAUUUGGUCUUUAACUCUCUGACGAACUGCCUCGGGCCUCGCAAGUUCCUGCACAGCGGCCGGUUGUACAAAACCAAAAGCAGCAGAGAGCUCUGGGUUUUUCUCUUCAACGACUUCCUCCUGUUCACACACAGCGCCAAACCCUUCUCCUCAUCCGGACCCGACAAGCUGUUCAGCCCCAAAACCAACAUCCAGCUAAAGAUGUACAAAACGCCGCUCUUCCUCAACGAGGUUUUGGUGAAGAUGCCACCCGACCCCUCCAGCGACGAACCUCUUUUCCACAUCUCGCACAUCGAUCGCGUCUAUACCCUGAAAGCGGAGAUGCUGAACGAGAGGACAGCGUGGGUCCAGAAGAUUAAAGCGGCGUCAGAGUACUUCAUCGAGACGGAAAAGAAAAAGCGAGAGAAGGCCUACCAGGCGCGUUCUCUGAAGAUGAGCGGAAUCGGCCGAUUGCUGGUGACCGUCACUGAAGCUCAGGAGCUAAAGGCCUGUAAACCCAACGGUAAGAGUAAUCCAUACUGCGAGCUGACGAUGGGAGCGCAGUGCUACACCUCCAGGCCGAUAAGCGACACCCUGAACCCCAAGUGGAACUUUAACUGCCAGUUCUUUGUCAAGGAUCUGUACCAGGAUGUCCUGUGCAUUACUGUGUUUGAGAAAGACCAGUUCUCUCCAGAUGAUUUCCUGGGUCGGACAGAAGUUCCCGUUGCAACCAUAAAGAAAGAGAUGGAGAGCAAAGGUGCUGCAAACCGUCGCCUGCUGCUCCACGAAGUUCCUACAGGAGAAGUGUGGGUGAAGCUGGACCUGCAGCUUUAUGAAACGGCCAAAUGAGUGAGAGUCCUCAGACCAGCCCAAUAACCUGUGCAAUUCUUAUUUUUUUUUUUUUAUUUAUUAUUAUUGCUGGGUUGUUCACGCUUGCUAAAGUGGAUCCAGGUGACCUUCAUGCUGAUCCUUUGCCCUCUUGAACCUCUAAGGUCAAACAUGUCAUUUUAAGUCAACUGGGCUUGUGUUUAAUAAGUCAAUCAUGAUGUUUGUUAUCAAAUUUACAUUAAAAAAUGACUUUUUCCUUUU